ACACACACUGAAUCAACAAAAGAGAGCCAGUCCCAUUUCUUAGCGAGGGUUUACCUUUAUAAUUUGGGUAAGCAUUAGCAAAGUUCACUACUCUCUCUCUCUAUGCAUCUGAUCUGCCCGUCCUAGCUUUUUCCGGCACCGUGUCCGGCGAAUUCUGGAUCGGUUCUCCGAUCAGUUCGAAUGAGAUGGGGACUUCACAGAAUGUUGAGUUGGAGGCAGCUAAAUUUUUGCAGAAACUCAUUCAAGAUUCUAAAGAUGAGCCUGCAAAAUUGGCUACAAAACUUUACGUUAUUUUGCAACACAUGAAAUCGAGUGGGAAGGAGCAUUCAAUGCCAUAUCAAGUAAUAUCAAGGGCAAUGGAGACUGUUAUCAAUCAACAUGGUCUUGACAUUGAAGCCUUGAGGUUAUCACGCCUUCCUUUGAGUGGUGGUAAUCAAAUAGGUGAUUCUGCAACUGCUCAGUUUGCAGGUUCUUCACAGGCGGGUGGGGUUGCAAAUGAUUCAAAAGUAGGCUUGGCCGAAAAUGAGGUCUCAAAAGUUGAUCCAUUUGCUUCAAACAGGCCACCUGUUGGCCCAAGCAGUACUGGACACGAUUAUUAUCAAGGAUCUUUAGCUCAUAGGAGCAGUCAGUCAUUUGAUCAUGAAAGUCCAUCAAGUUUGGACUCUAGGUCUGCCAACUCACAAUCACAAGAAAGGCAGCAAAAGGAUGGUAAAAAAGCCACCACAAAGAGGAAGAGGGGAGAGAGCUCCUUACCUAUGGAACAACAUAUUGACAAUACUCAGCAACUUGAUACUCGGAAUGCUGUAGUUAAUCCAAGAAAGGGGAAGAUGAACAAGGUUGAACCACAAGCAAGUCUUUCAGUUAAAGGGGGUGAGCGUACUAACUUCAAUAUGGUUCCAAGUAGUGGCCAGAUGGAACACUUUGCAUCUUUGUCUGGUAGCAUGAGACCAAUGCUUAGAGUCAAGCAAGAGGGUCAACAUACAAUUGAAAGGCAGUUGGACUCAUCAAACAUUAGCAAUUCGAUGCUACGGGCCCCAAAUCCAAAAUUCCCUGAAGAAGUGGAAGUUUCCUCUGCUCAUAAUGCUUCUCAGCAAGGGGGUUCCCUACCUUCUCAUGACAUCAGGGGUGUAUGGAAUCAAAAUAAAACAGGAUUACCAUUUGAAAAAUCUCAAAUUCCCAGGUUUCCUUCUAAUGUUCCUGGUAAUAUGAUGUCGGAGAUUCCAACACAGCAAUCAACAACUCCAUCUCUUGGAUCAGGUGCUUUUGGCAAGGUUCACAGCGGGAUGCCUGUUGCUUCUAGUUCUUAUCCGGUAGUAGAACCUGGAUUCUCAAGUCCAAUGCAAUUCAGUGGUUCCUUGGAGCAUGAAGGAGGGUCAAAUAUGUUAGCUGAUGCCAACAAGGUUGUUCAGAGUGGAAGGCAAAAUAGUGUUACAGAAAUGAGUAUGCCUAGGAGCAUGGCUCCCAGAGAUACAGGAAAAGCUCCACUUCCCCAGGCUCCAAUGGCUUCUGGCAUGCCUUUCAAGGAGCAACAGUUGAAACAGCUUAGAGCUCAGUGCCUUGUCUUUUUAGCUUUCAGAAAUGGUUUGUUGCCAAAGAAACUGCAUCUUGAAAUUGCACUUGGAAACAUCUUUCCUAAAGAAGAUGGACCUCGCAAAGAGCUUAUUGAUCCUAAAGGGAAAGCACAGUCUUCUAAUGAGCCAAGUAGCGACCUGGAUGUUAUGAUGCCCUUCGGAAGACUGAACACUGCUAGGGACACUGAUAUAAUCUCUCCAGUUGCUUCAUCUACUGGAAAACUCCAGGAGGCUGACACCUUUCCAAAGGACGCUGAGAGCCCAAAAAUGAUGGAGGAAAAAAAUGGCCCAACUUCUGAUCUUUCUGUAAUUGCAGACGAAAGGAAACUUAUUCUGGCUGGAAGAAAACCUGAGGCCGAGAGACAGACUCAGGAGAUAACUUCACAGCAGCCCAAUUCUUCAAAUACAAGGGGUAAUCCUGUGGAAGAUAUGGAAAAUGGCCAUCUGCAAGUUGGGAGGUCUAACCAAGCAUCUUCUGUAAUGGGCAUAAAUAAGCAGAUGAACCCGGAGAUAAUUAGCUGGACUGGAAUUGGAAGUCAUAAUGAGGUUUCUAGGGGUCCCCUACUAGGCUCUUCUCUUCCGCAUGAGUUGGUGGCGGAAAGAAAAGAUAGUAAUCCUAGUCAGUUUCAAAAUAUCGGUAAUAGUAUUGGUUUGGGGAAACAACAUGCAGAUGGUCACCCUUCUUUUUCAUUAAAAGAGCAUUGGAAGCCUAUUUCAGGAGUUGAAAAUGAUCAUCAGACAGUAAUUCCAAUGAGGGAUGCUAGUAUGAUGUCGAAACAUGCAUCUCAAGGUAAGAACCAUGCCUCUAAUCCAGACUACAAACCACUUGUUGUUGAUGGCGCUUACAGUGGCAUCUUGUUUAUCACAGAUCAAGAAGAGGAAAAUAAGUCAGUAUCUACUGAUUUGCCACCUUCUCCAAAGUACACCAUGUCAGAGAAAUGGAUUAUGGAUCAGCAGAAAAAGAAAAAUUUAGUUGAGCGAAGUUGGAAACUAAAACAGCAUAAGGCAAACCAAAGGAUUUCUGCUUGUUAUACCAAGUUAAAGGAAAAUGUGAGCUCAUCUGAAGAUAUAUCUGCAAAAACCAAAAGUGUCAUAGAAUUGAAGAAACUUCAACUACUGGAUCUUCAACGGCGCCUCAGAAGUGAUUUUUUGAAUGAUUUCUUUAAACCAAUUACAAGUGAAAUGGAUCGCCUGAAAUCAUACAAGAAACAUAAACAUGGUAGGAGGAUAAGACAAAUUGAGAAGUUUGAGCAGAAAAUGAAGGAAGAGCGACAGAAGAGAAUUCGUGAGAGGCAGAAGGAGUUCUUCAGUGAGAUAGAAGUUCACAAGGAAAGACUGGAUGAUGCGUUCAAAACUAAGAGGGAACGCUGGAAGGGUUUUAAUAAGUAUGUGAAAGAGUUCCACAAAAGGAAGGAACGUAUUCAUCGAGAAAAAAUUGACAGAAUCCAGCGUGAGAAGAUUAAUCUAUUAAAGAUCAAUGACGUGGAGGGAUAUCUGCGAAUGGUGCAGGAUGCCAAAUCAGAUCGUGUUAAGCAACUUCUCAAGGAGACAGAGAAAUAUCUUCAAAAGCUUGGAUCCAAGCUACAGGAGGCAAAGGCUAUGUCAACACACUUUGAGCAUGAUAUGGAUGAGACAGGAGCUGUGGGUGUCAUUGAGAAGAGUGAGAGUAUUUUUGAAAAUGAAGAUGAAAGUGAUCAGGCAAAGCACUAUAUGGAAAGCAAUGAGAAGUACUAUAUGAUGGCUCAUAGUAUAAAAGAGAACAUCGCUGAGCAGCCAUGUUGCCUAAAGGGUGGAACACUCAGGGAGUAUCAAAUGAAUGGCCUAAGGUGGUUGGUUUCACUAUACAACAACCAUUUAAACGGAAUUCUGGCUGACGAAAUGGGCCUUGGUAAAACCGUCCAGGUUAUUUCUCUAAUUUGUUACCUUAUGGAAACCAAAAACGAUAGAGGGCCCUUUCUUGUGGUUGUGCCGUCUUCGGUUCUACCUGGAUGGGAGUCAGAAAUUAACUUCUGGGCCCCUGAUAUACUCAAAAUUGUCUAUUCUGGGCCUCCAGAGGAGCGGCGGAAACUAUUUAAGGAAAAAAUUGUUCAUCAGAAAUUUAAUGUCCUUUUGACAACAUAUGAGUAUCUGAUGAAUAAGCAUGAUAGGCCGAAACUAAGUAAAUUACACUGGCAUUACAUUAUAAUUGAUGAAGGCCAUCGCAUAAAAAAUGCUUCUUGUAAAUUGAAUGCGGACUUGAAGCACUAUCAGAGUUCACACAGAUUGCUGUUAACUGGAACUCCACUACAGAACAAUCUUGAGGAAUUGUGGGCACUGCUUAAUUUCUUGUUGCCUAAUAUUUUUAAUUCAUCUGAGGAUUUUUCUCAAUGGUUCAACAAACCGUUUCAGAGUAAUGGUGAUAAUUCGGCUGAUGAAGCCUUGCUAUCCGAGGAGGAGAAUCUUUUGAUCAUAAACAGGCUUCAUCAAGUUCUACGGCCAUUUGUACUUCGGAGGCUGAAACACAAGGUUGAAAAUCAACUACCUGAAAAGAUUGAGAGACUUAUAAGAUGUGAGGCUUCUGCGUAUCAGAAGCUUUUGAUGAAGAGGGUGGAAGACAAUCUUGGUUCUAUUGGAGCCUCAAAGGCUCGAUCUGUGCACAACUCUGUUAUGGAGCACCGUAAUAUAUGCAAUCACCCGUAUCUUAGCCAGCUUCAUGCAGAGGAGGUUGAUAGUUGGAUACCCAAGCAUUAUCUGCCACCGAUUAUUAGAUUAUGUGGGAAGCUUGAGAUGCUAGAUCGGUUACUACCCAAACUAAAAGCAACAGAUCAUCGGGUUCUUUUCUUUUCCACAAUGACUAGGCUGCUUGAUGUUAUGGAGGAGUAUCUCCAUGGGAAGCAAUAUCGGUACCUUAGGUUGGAUGGGCAUACAUCUGGGGGUGAUCGUGGUGCCCUUAUAGACAAGUUCAACCAACAAGAUUCACCCUUUUUUAUAUUUCUACUCAGCAUUCGAGCUGGUGGUGUUGGAGUAAAUCUUCAAGCUGCUGAUACAGUGAUCAUAUUCGACACCGACUGGAAUCCACAGGUUGAUCUGCAAGCACAGGCAAGGGCUCAUAGGAUUGGCCAGAAGAGAGAGGUGCUUGUUCUUCGAUUUGAAACUGUCCAAACUGUUGAAGAACAAGUCAGAGCUGCAGCUGAGCACAAACUGGGAGUUGCUAAUCAAAGCAUCACGGCUGGUUUCUUUGACAAUAAUACAAGUGCUGAGGAUCGAAGGGAAUACUUGGAGUCCCUCCUGCGGGAGUGCAAGAAAGAGGAAGCUGCACCUGUGUUAGAUGAUGAUGCCCUAAAUGAUCUAAUAGCCCGCAGCGAGUCAGAGAUUGAUGUAUUUGAAUCUGUUGACAAACAAAGGCGGGAACAAGAGAUGGCAACAUGGAAGAAGUUGACAUGUGGACAGGGGAUGGAUGUUUUGGAUCCUGUACCUUUGCCGCCUUCUCGCCUUGUAACAGAUGAUGACUUGAAAGAUUUUUAUGAAGCAAUGAAGGUAUAUGAAGUGCCAAAGGCUGGGGAAGUAUCUAAUAUGGGGGUAAAGCGGAAAAGUGAGUAUCUUGGGGGCCUUGAUACUCAACAUUAUGGAAGAGGCAAACGGGCAAGAGAGGUGCGUUCAUAUGAAGAACAAUGGACAGAAGAGGAAUUUGAGAAGAUGUGUCAGGUCGAAACCCCUGAUUCUCCCAAACCAAAGGAAGAAGGAAAAGAGACAAAGUUGCCAAUGGAGGCUAGUAGAUUUGUGGGGCCUGUUGGUAAUGAUGAACCUGCCCCAACCCCAACCCCAACCCCGACCCCGACCCCGACCCCGACCCCGACCCCGACCCCGACCCCGAACCUGACCCAAACUCCAACUCCAACUCCAACUCCAACUCCAAUCCCAACCCCAACCCCAACCACACUGCCCCCACCACCCCCACCACCAGCUGCUGUGGAGCCUCCACCUCUGCAACAAAGCAAAGAGGUAACACCACCUUCUAAGCGGGGCCGAGGAAGGCCAAAAAGAGCAACAACUGAUAAACCGCCAGCUGCCGCCGUGCCUCUAGCAUCUUCCGGACCUGGCAAAGCAGAUAUGGGGUUACAGAAAGGGACAGUGUCUACCAAUACUACAUCUGGUUCUGAUUCUUUAACCAGUCCUAUUAAUGUGAAGAGUGUCAGUGGAACUUUGCAUCAGAUUGGUGUAGGGAUUGCACCUAGCUCUCAGCCUGCCACCAUUUUACCUUCUGUUACUUCUGGCUCUGAGUCGACUUUUGCUUCCCCUUCUGUACCCAUUAAAGCAAAAGGACCAGGUCGGAAAACUAAAAGUGAAGUGGAAGCACCCCGGCGUAGGGGAAAGAAACAGGGAGUGGAAUCACCUGCUGUUCCUGGUGGUUUAGUUGGCCCUGAUUUAAAACUAAAUGAGCAAUCACAGAAUAAACCCGUGAAUCCAUCUGGGAGUCAAGCCAUUACCACGAGUGGAAGUGUUUCUGACAUUCCCACUGCCCAUACUCCAGAUUCUUUGCCAGGUUCUGCUGCUUUAAAAUGUACCACGGUAACUGAUCAGCAUUCUGGUAUAGGGAUUGCUUUGAAUCCUCAGCCAACCCCUCCUAUCCCUUCUGCUUCUCUGGUUUCUCAAUCCACCCCUCCUUGUGCUUCUGUACCAAUGCCAACUAAAGGGCAAACUCGAAAGACUCAGAGUGGAGCGCCCCGGCGUAGGGGAAGGAAACAGGCAACAGUAUCGCUUGCUGCUCCAGAUAUGCUGGCUGGUCAGGAUUUAAAGCCAAAUAUGCAUUCACAGGAUAAUUCUGGUGAUUUAGAGCAGGGUAGAAAGGAGAAUGAUGCUCUGGAAAUGACAAAUGUUGUCCAGGAGCAAGUAUGUCAUGCACCCAAUGGUGUACCUGGUCAAGGUAAAAAAUCAAAUGACCAAUCAGAUAAUUUAGCCCAAGGCCAACAGACGAUAAAUUCAUCAACAACACAAGAAAGCGCUGCCACAUCCCCAGGGCCUGCCUUGGGAAAAAUUCAAGAUGCUGUUGCAUGUGAGAAGCAAUCUGUGACAGUGGAGAUUUCACCUGAAAAUGCCUCGUCAAAACCGAAAAAUAGUGAGCUUUCAAGGAAUGAAGCUGAGGUUGUCCCGAGUGUACCUGUAUUAAGUAAGACUGUCAUUGAAGCGAUAAAAAGCCAUGGUUCACAGGAUGAAAUUCAUCCAGUUGUGUCAGCCACAAAUGCUGCAGCUCCUGUUUUAUGUCCACCUGAUUCAUUUUCUGGCUCUUCUCCUGUGGAAGGCAUCAGUAAGACUCUGCCUAAUGUUGCUGCCAAGAUUGCUCCUAGCUCUCAGUCAACUCAUCCCAACUCUUCAGUUGCCCCAGUCUCUCAAGCUAUCCCUCCUUGCCCUUCUGAACCUAUUCAAGUCAAAAGGCAAGGUCGUAAGACUCCAGCCAGAGCAGAGGCACCCCGGCGUAGGGGAAGGAAACAGGCUGCAGUAAUACCUGCUGUUCCUGAUGUUUCAGCUGGUCAGGAUCCAAAACCUAGUCUUCAAUCACAGAACAGAUCCGGGGAUUCAUUGGGGAAUAAAACCAUUGGCCUUAGAACUAAGCAAGGGACUGAUGCACAGGAACUGACGAAUGUUAUUCAAGCUCCAGCAGCCGAUGGCCAUUUACCUGGUGGUUUAGCUGGUCAUGAUCCAAAAAGAAAAGAGCGAUCGGCCAAUGCCGCCCAAAAUAAGCAGCCAACCAGCUUGAUAACAAAGCUUGAUGGUGGUGCUGGAACUUCAGAUAAAACUUCUGCUUUAGGCCGAAUUCAAACUGCUAAUAUAAAUGACGUUGCUCGUGUGAUGAAGGAGGUCUUUUCGGGAACUUGUACAUCAAAAACUAGAAUUGUUGAAUCUAUUGGAAGUGAAGGAAGGGAUACCCCAAAAGCAGCUGUAUCAGUUAAAACCUUCGUGGAGGUGGCCAAAAUCCAGAGUUCGGAGGAUAAAGCAUGUUCAGCUCUGCAAACUAUGGAAACAGCAGCUCCAGCUUUUGGUGAAAAAAAAUCAGAAAGUAGAGCCAAUGCCAAAAUAGAACAUGACAGUGCUCCUAUUCUGAGCGAACCCCUUGUUCCCGUGGCUAAUAUAGGCAAACCUGAAAGUAACUAUGCAGCUGACUCUGUUGAAAAGGUGGAGGAUUCAGGACAGAUUUCUAAUGAAUUCACGCCAAGUAAAAUGGAGAACAUUUCUACAGUUUCUCUCAUUGGUGGCGAAAAAGAUGUUGAUCCUUGCCAGAAAGCACCUCUGGAUGGUGGCCCCCCUGGAUUUAACACACGGGCAUCUUGUUAUCAGGUUUCUAAUGAAGACUCAACCAUGCCAAGUAAAAUGGAGAGCAUCAGUACAGCUCCUAUAAAUGCUGGCCAGGAAGAUACUGACCCCUGCAAUAGAGGACCUGCAGAUGCUGGUGAAAAUCCUGGAACUACAUCCAUUCCAACAUAUCCAGAACAUUCAGACAUGAAGUCUCCUGUUACGGGUGAGAGUGGUUCUACAAACAAAGCAGAGCCAUCUGUUAAAGAGCCUUUGGGAUCUUCUAUUGGUAUUAACAGCCCUGAAGGUGUUUUAACAAAAGCAGAUGAUGUUGGUGAUCAUCCUAGAGUGACCUCACCUAUUUUGCAAGCUCCAGAUCAUUCUGGCUUAGUAGUAGCUCCUGAUGGGGUUGAGACUGGGAUUCAUUCUGGGAACAAAACGGAGUGCGCUCUAAAAGAGUAUUCAGAAUCUUCUCCAUCUAAUAUCAAAAGCAUUGGAUGUACCACAAGUUCUAUAAUAGCUGAUGAUAUUGGUGAUCAUCCUAGAGAGGCUACAUCAAUGUCUGUCUCAACAGAUAAUUCCAGUGUGGUCAAGUCUCCUGGUGUGACUCAGAAGAAUUCUGAAGUUAAAAUAGAUCCCUCUCCAAAAGAGUCUCCAAAAUCUUCUCCUCUUGAUAUUGAAAGCCUUGAAGGUCCUGUAGCUCUUCCUGGAAGUCUAGAAUCUUCAGGUGUUCAUAAUUCCAUGGGGUUAAAAUUAGACAUGCCUUCUGUGGAAGCUAAUGCUACUACAUGCUCAAGUGAAGCUAUUGCUGAGGGCUUGGAAAUUUCCCAAAAAGACAUCAAUUGUGGAGCUGUUGUUGGACCAGCUGAUACUGCCACGAGGUGUGAUACUAUCACUUCGGAUGAGACUCCUGAGAAGGGACAAUUGGUUGCUUCAUGUGUUGGCAGUGAAGAUAAAGAGGACCCUAUGUUGGAAACUGUGAACUCAGUUGUUGCUGAAUCUAGUAAUGCUGACAAUCUAAAAGAUCAUGAUGAAAUGCCACUGCCACCCGAAAUUCAAAGUUCUGAGGGUGGUGUUGAGGUUCACAAUAUGGAAGUAGACCCAUCUGAGGGCCCUGAGAAGGUUCCAGUCAGCAGCUCUGUACCAUUGGAGGAUUCAAAGAGUCCUGAAGCUGAUAUGGGUGAUGCAAUUGAUGCUUCUGAGGCUGGUGGGAUUUUGCCAGAAGCAAAUAUAUCAGAAAAUGUUGAUCUGCCUUCAUCAUCCAUAGCAAUAGAGGAAACAGAGGUUGACACUUCCAAUUUGGGUCCAGUUGGCUGCUCAGUUGCUCUGGAGGACUUGAAACAAUCUGAAGCUCAAAUGGAUGCUGAAAUGAAUGUUUCUCAGGAUUGUGGGAUUGUGCCUGAAAAUCUUUCUGAAGAUAUGGAUGUUCUUCAUUGUCCCUCAACUACUAAGGAUGAAAAUAUUGAGGGCUUAUCUGGGAAGGGUCCAGAUAACAGCAUAGUAUCAAUGGGGGAAUCAAAUUGUUCUAAACCUGAAAUGGAUGAUCAAAUGGAUGCUGUUGAUAGCUCAGAAGCAGUGGAUGAAUCAAAAGGGUCUGAAGCUGAAGUGUACAAAAAGCUUGAUGGAUUAUCUGACAAGGGUUCAAUUAGUGGCUCAGCACCAGUGGUGGAAUCCAAAGAUUCUGAAACUGAAAUGGGUGAUCAAAUGGUUGCAUUUCAGGCUGGUCUGAUCAUUUCAGGAAAUGCUGUAUCAGAACAUAUGGAUCUGCCUUCAUCUUCUUUAGGGAUGGAGGCAGAGGGUCUGCCUGAGAAGGGCCCUAUUAGCAGCUCAGUCCCACUCGAGGAAUCAAAAUCUCCUAAAGCUGAGAUGGGUGAGAAGGGCCCAAUUAGCAGCUCAAUCCCACUCGAGGAAUCAAAAUCUCCUAAAGCUGAGAUGGGUGAGAAGGGCCCCAUUGGCAGCUCAAUCCCCCUCGAGGAAUCAAAAUCUCCUAAAGCUGAGAUGGGUGAGAAGGGCCCAAUUAGCAGCUCAAUCCCACUCGAGGAAUCAAAAUCUCCUAAAGCUGAGAUGGGUGAGAAGGGCCCCAUUAGCAGCUCAAUCCCCCUCGAGGAAUCAAAAUCUCCUAAAGCUGAGAUGGGUGAGAGGUGCCCAUUUGGCAGCUCAGUCCCAUUCGAGGAAUCAAAAUCUCCUAAAGCUGAGAUGGGUGAGAAGGGCCCCAUUGGCAGCUCAGUCCCCCUCGAGGAAUCAAAAUCUCCUAAAGCUGAGAUGGGUGAGAAGUGCCCAAUUGGCAGCUCAGUCCCAUUCGAGGAAUCAAAAUCUCCUAAAGCUGAGAUGGGUGAGAAGGGCCCAAUUAGCAGCUCAGUCCCACUCGAGGAACCAAAAUCUCCUAAAGCUGAGAUGGGUGAUAGUAUUGAUGCAUCUCAGGUUGGAGGGAUUUUGCCACAAGAAGAUAUAUUAGAAGUCAUUGAUCUGCCUUCGUCUUCCAUGGUUGCCGAAAAAAAUGUUGAAGACUCCUCUGAUGUGGGUCCAGUUGGAAGCUCAAUAGCACUGGAGGAAUCAAAAGGAUCAGAGGCUGAAAUAGUUGAUCAAAUGAAUGUUUCUAAGGUUGGUGAGAUUGAGUCAGGAAAUGCUUUAGAGAACAUGGAUUUGCCUCAAUGCUCCUCAGCAACAGAGGGUGAAAACAUUGAGGGCUUGUCUGAGAAGGAACCAGUUGGCAGCUCAGUAGCAAUGGAAGAAUCAAAUAAUUGAAUAAAUGGUUCUCAGGUAUGAGGGAUUGCGCGAGAAGAAAAUAUGUCAGAACUCAGAAGACAUUCAUUUGCCUGUGUGCUUAUCAGUGACGGAAAUUGAAAAUGUUAGAAGACAGAUCUGGGAAGCUUUCUGCUGAUAGCUCAACAGUGGAUGUGAAUCAAAAGGGUCUGAAGCUUUAGCAUGUAUAGAUGUAGAAUCUUCUUGUACAGUUUUGUUAUAAUUUCCUGAUAAUGGUAACUGGUUCUAGAACAGCUGGAUUACACAAAAUGGUAAUUAAGAAUUGUAUUGAUCAGUUUCUUAGUUAUGACUUGCUCUCCGGUUAUAUAUUAGAUCGAGCAUUGCUAUAUAUAUAAAGGAAAUUUAGCUACUCUUCGGGGCA